CAUAGACGAAUCCGCUAGGCCAGGCUUAAGUCACCGGAAGUCUGACCUCUACUUCCAGGUCAGAGCCAUGGCGGUGGCAAAUUCAAGUCCUGUCAACCCUGUGGUGUUCUUUGAUGUCAGCAUUGGCGGUCAGGAAGUGGGCCGCAUGAAGAUCGAGCUGUUUGCAGACGUCGUGCCGAAGACAGCCGAGAACUUUAGGCAGUUCUGCACUGGAGAAUUCAGAAAAGAUGGUGUUCCAAUAGGAUACAAAGGGAGCACCUUCCACAGGGUCAUAAAGGAUUUCAUGAUUCAGGGUGGAGAUUUUGUUAACGGAGAUGGUACUGGAGUCGCCAGCAUUUACAGGGGGCCAUUUGCAGAUGAAAACUUUAAACUUAGACACUCAGCUCCAGGCCUGCUUUCCAUGGCAAACAGUGGUCCAAGCACAAAUGGCUGCCAGUUCUUUAUCACAUGUUCCAAAUGUGAUUGGCUGGAUGGGAAGCACGUGGUUUUUGGAAAAAUCAUUGAUGGCCUUCUAGUGAUGAGGAAGAUUGAGAAUGUUCCCACAGGCCCCAAUAAUAAGCCUAAAUUGCCCGUGGUAAUCUCACAGUGUGGAGAGAUGUAAUCCAGACCAGGACUGAAUCAGGUCUUCUCGUUUUGAGUGACACCCGUUCUCGAGGCGUAUAAGUUGGACUGGCUCCUGUGUUUGUAUCCUGUGAUGGCCCUGCUUGAUCAAGAGACCUUGGAAGUGUCACAGACUCAGAACUUGUUUCAACUUUGGACUGUAAAUAAAGGGGUUUUUGUAUGCUCGG